UAAAUUUACGGUGGAAUGGGUUUCUCUGAAGAAUUGCAGAGUAUUUGCAGAAUUGUGAACAAGAAUCAUUUCGAUAGAAUAUGCAAUCUUCUCGAGGAACCUGGUGUCGCAGCUUCCAUUGUCUACGGUGGUUCACUCGACCGAGAAAAUUUGAUGAUUGAGCCCACAAUUUUAUUGGAUCCUCCACUAGAUGCUCAGAUUAUGACUGAAGAAAUAUUCGGGCCUUUGCUACCAAUCAUCACACUCGAUAAAAUUGAAGAAAGCAUGUGGUGUUCCUCCGGGAAGAAAACUAAGAGAAACCCAUUCGGCCAUUCCCAUUCUCAGCCAAUUGCAGAUUUUCCCACACGUGUGGAAGAUUCCGGUCAAAAUGGCCUGAAUAUUCCAAUUUUGAGGCACCGUGCAACAAAAACCGGAGUUUAG